ACACCGUUUUUCGCUACAAAAUCGAUUGCAUCGGCCAGCUUAUGGCGCAUUCGUCGAUCGCCGUGCAGUUGCGCAAGUACGGUGUGUGAACCUAGCUUAGACAAAGAUUGAAUUGUUUUUUUUUCGUUCGUAAUCUGGUUCAAAACGUAAACAGACGGUUACCGAGGAUUAGUGUGUGCCCUGGUGUUUCGAACUGUGUUGUAGUGAAUGUAUAGCGAGGUGUAGGGAUUCCCUUUCAAACAACCGAAUAGUAAUGAGAAAAUCCGUGAGCAAGUGUCCUGCCGGCGUAGGGAGGCUGCUGGCGUUGUCAGUGUUGGUUUGUUGGAGUUUCCGGCCCGUCGCUGGACAGCUCGACGGGAGCUUCUGGUGGAUGAACAGCAAUUUGCUGAAGCAGGCCGAGGCGUUACGUGAAUCGAAGGAUGUCAAAGCGAUUGUCAUAACGAAAGACUCGGAGCUGGACGAGGUGCGUGUCGGGGGGAACUCGCUUGUGGACAGCGAUUCGCCGGAUUGUAUCUGCGUGCCGUUGGGCCGGUGUGCCGGAAGCGGCACCAAGCCUACAGGCAGAGAUGGUUUAUGCGGAACAGAAAGUGUUUGCUGUCGCAGAAAUCAAAUUGUCACUAUCGAUGCGACAACCACGACUCCAACAACGACGACAUCUGCUACCAUCGGAUCAACCGUUUCUACAACAAAACUAAAGCCAGUGGACAGUUUGAUUUUUGAUUCUGAUGGGCCAUCGUUAAGUUUACCAGAAACCGUAUCCUAUAAGCCUAUCCCGCCUAACGAGAGUGCGCAUGAUCCGGCUCUGUUGCUCGAGUUAUCUAAUCUCCUUUUGAGUCAUAGUAUAGCGGACACAUUCGAUGCGUCUAACAAUAAUGCACUAGAAAUAGAGCCAGCAUCUACAAGCGGGUCCAACAAAGAGGGCAAUUCCGAGACGACCACUAUUAAGCCAGCAGAGAUAAUUGAUGUCCACAGCCAAUGCGGCAUUAAGCGUAAUCAUGUUACAAGCCGCAUUUACUUCCAGGAUGAAGACGAUGAUGUACCAAAAGAGCCGGUGUUUGGUAUGACAGAAUAUGCAGAGUUCCCCUGGACAGUUGCCAUUUAUCAACUAAUACGCAAUGGUACAUUUGUAUACCACUGUGGAGGAGCUCUUCUUAAUAGAAAAGUGGUUGUAACGGCUGCCCAUUGCGUAUCCAAUAAUCGACUCCAUCCUAGCCGAUACGUUGUGCAUGCCGGGGAUUGGGAUCGAAGACAUAAACAGGAAAGACUUCCUCACCAGGAAAGGACCGUUUCCCGGAUAGUAGUGCACCCAAACUAUUACUCCGGAGCGCUAUUUAAUGAUGUGGCGCUACUGUUUUUCGACGAACCAUUCAACGACAUGACGGCUAAUGUUGGCCCUAUUUGUCUCCCGAGCGCAGCAAACAUGUCCAGCUACAGUAACUGUGUGGUUACCGGAUGGGGCGGAUCACCAAAACAAAAUAGAGCGCAAAGUGUACAGCAGUUUUCCAAGCUAGCACUGCUUGAUCAAGCCCAUUGUGAGGCAAAACUACGAGAUCAGCCAUCGUUAGGUAGAAAAUUUAAGCUACACGAAAGCUUCGUGUGCGCCGAUGUUGAUGUAACCGUUGAUUUAUGUCAAGGUUCUGGCGGAAGUCCACUAGUAUGCGAGAAAAACGGACAUUAUCAUCUCAUAGGUUUGGUGUCGUGGGGAAUCGGCUGUGGGGACGGCAUACCGUCCGUUUUAAGUAAUGUUUCUGCCUUGAGCGAAUGGAUAAUAGCCAAUGUUUCCUGAUGCAUUCAACAUAAGUAUUUUAAACAAUAUAUUGCAAACACCAAAUGUAUCCAUCUAAGAUGCUCUAAUAGGAAUACUCAAUUUAAUUACAUUUAUCUUUAAUUGAUUAAUAUUAGACAUUUAGAUGCAAAAUGGAUUAUUACUGAAGUCAUCAAAAUUGUGUAGUUUGAA